AUGGUCGACGUGGGUUCGAAGCUGGUGACAGAACGGACUGCUGCAGCACGAGCAAAGGUUUUUGUGGGACCCGAACUGAUGAAACUCGUACGAGAAAAUGGCCUGAAGAAAGGUGACGUACUUAGCAUUGCUCGCCUAGCGGGAAUUGUGGGGUCCAAGCAGACGUCCAGCCUUAUCCCUCUGUGUCAUAACAUAUCUUUAUCCUCUGUGGCUGUGGACAUUGAACUGGACUCUGCUCUCAACUGUGUGAUUGUAACUGGCACGGCAAAGUGUAGAGGGCAGACGGGUGUGGAGAUGGAAGCUCUCACUGCUGUAUCGGUGUCUGCCUUAACAGUGUACGAUAUGUGCAAAGCUGUGAGUCAUGACAUUGUGAUAUCUGAAAUAAUGCUUCUGGCCAAAAGUGGGGGAACUAGAGGAGACUUCCACCGGACAUGAGCAUCUGUGUGGGGCAGUGAAAUAAGUUAAGUAU